GCCGUCUCCUUGCAGACCUAAAUAGGAGACAGUGCUUGGAAACAAGCCUCCGAAGGGUCCUUACCCAAGGACUUCAUCGCUUCCCUUUUCACGCUGAAAUGAAUGUGCAGAAGGUGAAACCACCAGUUUCAGCUGCUGUUCAGUUACCAGGACACUCACAACCAAGGAACAUUGUACCCUCUAGAGUUACAACACCACCUGUUCAUCGAGGUCCAGAAGAACAAGUUACACAGCAGUACUCUUCUUACCCACAAGGGAUAGUGAACAUAAGCUAUCCCAAUCAGUAUCUGAUACCCCAACAGCAGCAACAGCAGCAGCAACCGCAGCAGCAACCGCAGCAGCAAACACAAAGUAAUCCCCAUGAAUUAGAUAAGGGUCAGCUGACCACAUCCCAAACUUUUGGGGGACAGCGAACUCCAGGAACUAUUCAGCAAAAUAUGUAUCAAAACCCAACACCAGGAAUGAGAGGUGCUCCACCGCCCUUUUUCUCUGGCCAAACGCAGCCACGGCAAACUAGGUACACUGGCCCUCCUCCAAUUAGUCAGCCUCCUAACCAGCCAAUGUACCAGACAAUGUACAUGGCACCAAACCAUCAACCAGGAACGUUUCAACCCCCAGGUGGUACACCGAUCAUUGUCCAGCCUCAGCUUUCUAUGAUGGUUGGUAACAGAAUGAAUACCCCUCAGUUUGCCAUGCAGACCUCACAACAAGGAAUGACUGGGAUGACCUAUCCGAUGGCUGCAAAUCAGACAGCUAAUCAACAAUUUAAUCCCAUCACUGUUUACCACCAGCAACCUACCCAGUCUCAAAGGCCCCCAUCAGGAGGCAUGGUUACUCAACAAACGGCUCAACAGUCCAAGAGAGAGAAACACAUGAUCAAGAUUGUAGAUCCAAAUACUGGGAAAGAUAUAUCAAGUGAAAUAUUAAACACUCCUCGCCCAGGCCGUUCUACGACUCCAGGCUCCAGUCCUUCUCCUGGAGCUAUAGCACAAGGAGAGGCUGUGUCGGAAUCAGAAUCAAGUCCCUUCGUUGAAAGCCCCCCUCCACCAUCAGAAUCGCCAAACGGUCACCAAGGUGAUAUCGCAGCUGUGUUUGCUGCUCAGGUGGCUGCUACAUUGAAGCCAGAAACUCCAGCAGAACCACCUGGGCUGUCUUCCAAACUUUCACACGAUGUGCCAUCAUUUACACCUGCGGAAAUUUUUGCACCAGUGAGUGCUAGCAGUGAGGAAGUUCCAGAGGAAUCCCACUCCCCUGUUGAGGCUGUGGUUAGUGAAACAGACACUCCUGUUAUAAGUCCACCAGUUAAGGAAGCUACAACAACAGUUUUAGCAGAAGUUUCAAUAGAAUCUGGAGAGGUUUCAAAUUCAGUCCGUAGUGUAACUAUAGAAUCCAACCCAAGUCUUUCAAACACAAACAAUUCAGUUCCAGCUACACAAGGAGAAACUGCACUUGUGUCAGAUUCUGGUGUUGAUGUUCAAUCUGUGUCAUCACAAGAGCCAAGUGACUCAUCAGUGGUCGAUAGCAUGAAAUCAGAAAACCAGAAUGUAGUGGUAGUUGAUGAGGUGGUCACCCCAGUGGAACCUCCAACACCUUCCGACUCCGACUGUAAACCUGACAUUGUAGCAACCCUGAGUGAUAAUCCAAGGACUAAGGAUCUGGUAAAUGUUGAAGUGGAGGAAACACUUGAUAGUAAUACCUCUAAACAGGAGGAUUUAAGUGACAAAGACAAGGUGCCAAAUGUGUUUCAAACAAAUACCACAGGACUUGAGGAUUCUAAUCCUGUGUCUAGUGUCAAAAAGGAUACCAAGGGAAAGAAAAAAGGCAAGGAAGCAAAUAAAAAAGGGGAAGAAUCUAAGAAAACUGACGAGGAUGUGUUCUUAGAACCACAGCCAGUGGAACCGUCAGCACCUCUGCCAGAGCCUGUUGAAGUUUUGCCUAAAACAGUACCAGAAACACAAGAAAUGGAAAAUAAUACAGAAAAGGAAGAAAAAAUGCAACAAGUUGAAGUACAAAUACAAGAUAAAGUACAGGAAGAGAAUCAGAAGAAUGAGGAAAAGAGUAAAGAUGUUAAAGAAAAUGUGAAAAACAGUGAGAGUACAGAAAAGGAAAAACAAGUGAUGGAAACAAGAUAUAAAUAUAAAGAAGACCAGUGGAGUCCUAUGAAUCCAGAAGGGAAGCGAUUAUAUGACCGUGAUUUCUUGCUGCAAAUGCAGUAUGCUGGAGACUCCACAACCAAGCCUGUUGGUCUGCCUGAUCUACCUGAUAUUAUAUUAGAUAAACCUCACUAUAUCCAGCCUUCAGGAGGUGGAGGAAGUGGUGGCAGUGGUGGCGGAGGUGGGAGAGGGCCUCCCUUUUCCCGUGACCCCCAAUCAUUUACUGGAUCCUUUGACUUCACACCUGGCUAUGUGAGGUCACCAAGAGUGGGAGGUGGUUCUGAUCGUGGAGGUGGCAGGAUGACCAAGAGUGGAAGUAAUCAGGGUCGUAAAAUAGGCGGACCUCCCCAAAGGAUCAUCACACAUGUCUCCAUUGGACAGGAUGUCACACUACACAAAGCUGGGGACGCUUGGAAACCACAGAAGAGCACAGAUAAAGUGGAGGAUCCAGAAGACAAGAAGACUGAGAUAUUGUAUAAAAAGGCAAGAGGUAUUCUCAACAAGCUGACUCCACAGAAAUUUCAAACUCUGGUUAAACAGAUGUCUGAACUGGAGAUUGAUACAGAGGAGAGGCUGAAGGGAGUUACAGAUCACGUCUUUGAAAAGGCUGUCAGUGAACCUGGCUUCAGUGUAGCUUAUGCAAGCAUGUGCAGAUACUUGGCAAUGAUCAAGGUACCUUCCAAAACAAAGCAAGGGGAGUUUGUCAAUUUCCGUGCAAUAUUACUAACCAGAUGUCAAAAGGAGUUUGAGAAAGACAAAGACACUGAACAGGAAAUGGAAAGACGACGGAAAGAAAUAAAGGAAGCAAAGGAAGAAGAAAAAGAACAGUUGAAGGCAGAUCUAGAAUUUGAAGAAUCAAAGGCCAGGAGACGAUCUUUAGGAAAUAUUAGGUUUAUUGGUGAAUUAUUUAAAUUGAAAAUGUUAACGGAGAACAUUAUGCAUGACUGUGUGUUCAAAUUGCUCAAAGCCAAAGAUCUAGAAUCGCUGGAGUGCCUGUGCCGUCUUCUUACUACCAUUGGCAAAGAAUUGGAUUCUGAUAAAGCCAAGCCUAGGAUGGAGCAGUACUUUCAACAAAUGGGAAAGAUUUCCCAAGAUAAGAAGACAUCAUCCCGAGUGAGAUUUAUGUUGCAAGAUGUGAUAGAAUUAAGAAUGAAUCGCUGGGUCCCACGGAGAGAUGAAAACAACCCGAAAACUCUAGACCAGAUUCAUAAAGAAGCACAGAGAGAGGAUCAGGAGAGACAACUCUUAGCUCAGCAGGCAGUAGCUCAGCAGAGGGAGCAGCGAGGUGGAGGUGGCAGUGGCAGUGGCUCAAAAGGAGGUGGUAGGCGUGGUCCAGGUUCCUCCCAGGGAGGACCUCCAGGAGGUGCUGAUGGCUGGGCCACUGUAGGUGGGAGACAGCCACCCGUUAGAAUCAAUGCAGAACGUCAAGCUAUUGAUCCCUCCAGGCUUAAACUCUCUCGGCAAAAUGUGGAUGAGAGUGUGCAGCUUGGUCCAGGUGGGGGUGCUGGGCGAUUUGCUGGCUGGCAGAGAGGAAGCACAGGGGGAGGUGCUAGAGCUUCACAAGAGGCGGAGCGCUCAUCCAAUACACCUAGCAAUAGGUUUUCUGCAUUAAGUCGAUCGGAGGACGAGAGCAGAAGUCGUCUUGGUGCAAGUCCCAACAGAGUUAGACAACAGCCUGGAGGUUUUGGUCGUCCCAACAGGGUAACACCGCGAUCAUCACAGGAGCAGGAGAGGGAGAAAGCACUUGCUGCAGCAAGGAGCAUAAUUGGUGGUCAAACCACACCAAAAGAAGGUCCUAGCCGGGAAAACAGUCGAAGCCGUGAAGUGCGUGAGGAGAAGAAAGAACCAGCACCUGUUGCAACGCCUACCCCUGCCAAGGAGCUUAGCCAGGAAGAUAUGGAAAAGAAAACUAUUUCAAUAUUGGACGAGUUUCUCCACAUACAAGAUAUGAAUGAAGCUGUGACAUGUGUAGAGGAAUUAAAUUCCCCGUCAACACUUCAUUGGUUUGUGAGUACAUCCCUAAACCAUGUGCUUGAGAGGUCAGAAGUUGCUAGGCGCCAAACUGGACUACUUCUCCAUGACCUUGUCAGGAAAGGGUCUGUUCCAGUAAAGGCCUAUAUUAAUGGGCUACAUGAAAUCCUUCAGUAUGCAGAGGAUAUGGAAAUAGACAUUCCAAAGAUAUGGCAGUAUUUUGGAGAACUAAUUGGACCCAUGAUCCAGGAUGGUAGUGUUCCCUUCAGUUUUCUAAAGGAUGCCAUAGAGCCAUUAAAAGCCAGUCACAAAGCAUGUGUACUCAUUGCUGCCAUCUUGCAUGAUGCCAGUGAAAGACAGGGACAUAAGAAGAUAGCAUCAAUAUGGAAAAGCUCUGGUCUACAAUGGAAUGACUUCAUGCCAGCAGCAGAUGUGAAAACCUUCCUAAGGACAAAUAGUUUGGAUUUCACAGAGCCUGAUGGCAGCCAACCAAGCACACCCACUAUAGCUAUGCCCUUAGAGAGUAUACAGGAAAAUUUGGACAUGCUGUUACAGGAGAAGAAGUCCACUAAUGAGGACAUCUUUGACUGGAUUGAGACAAAUCUUGAUGACGCAAUCACGAAAUCAAAGCAUUUUAUCCGUGUGCUGAUGACAGCAGUGUGUUCAUGUGCAAUUACAGGUCGUGGAAGCAGUGCUCGAGUGGAGCCUCGUGACGUUAUCAAUCGUGGUGCUUUAUUACAGAAGUAUCUGGAUCAUCAAGCCGAAUUUGAGUUACAAGCUGUAUAUGCUCUGCAAUCACUAGUCCACAAACUUGAGCAUCCACCAGGUGUUCUAAGAACAUUAUUUGAUACGCUUUAUGAUGAGGACAUAAUAUCGGAGGAUGCAUUUAACCAAUGGGAGAAGAGCGAGGACCCAGCUGAGCAGGAAGGCAAGGGAGUGGCUAUGCGUCAAGUUGUCCAGUUCUUUACGUGGCUAAGAGAGGCGGAGGAGACUAGUGAUAGCUGAGGAUGGCUUCUAUAGGCAUUUAGUUAAUAAACUGGGGGUUAUUUAUUUCUGUUUUAGGGGUUACUAUAGAGAAAAUUGGUAGAAGUAUGAAAUAUUUUGUACUUCAUUGAAGAAUUGCAUGGACAUGUCCAGCUGCUCACAUAUUUUCAUUUCCUAUAUAUAUAUAUAUAUUAUGCAACAAGCAUGUGACUAUGUCAGUUUGUGGAUUUAAGAAUACUUCCUUUCGAUGAUGUCCAAAGCAACAGGAACCACUGUCUUAUUUCUGGACAAUUUUUGUAUUAUACCCUAUGGGAUAUGCUAUAUUUAGCAUGUUCUUUUCUGCAUUCAUGGUGAAAUUGUUGCAUUUAUGGUAAAUAAAUGGAAAAUAUUGAUUCAGAAUGUAGAGAUUGUUAAUGAAACCAGGUCAUUGUUUUGCUUAUGCACAAGUGUGUGAGUGGUGUGGAUGGAGAUUGCAUGGCUGAUUGCUAAGUGGUUGACUUGACUACUGUGUAAACGACAAAAGAUUGUGAUUAAAAAAUUGGUGCAAGUUAUUAUAUAAUACAAAUAAUGUUCCCAUCAUUAUUGUGUGAUGGUUUUAUUGACAAAAAAAAAAAUUAUAUGUUGCAUCAUGUGACAACAUGAUCGAUAUAGUGUUCAUGAAUGAAAUCUGUCAUGUUUGGGUGGCUGUCAUUGGAUGUGUGAAGCAUGAAUGAACUUGAUGGAUUACCCAUUAAUUUGAAAGUAAACCAUUUCCCAUCGUUCAGUAUUAGCAGUGUAUAAUGAUCUGUUAACAUGCAUUUUUAUCAUAGGAUUUAAAUUUGCAUUUUAUUUUUUUUUCAUUUUUUUUUUUUCUAAUUUUUUUCCUCAUUCAACAUUAUCCUAAUGAUGGGUUGAAAAAAAUAACCUGUAAAUAUCUUGUGUCAGCCUUUUACAAACAUGCACGAGAAACUGUGCAUAUGUACUGUCUGAUCUGUCACAUGGUGCUACUAGGUGAGCUUACUGUACUAUUUCAUAAUAAUUGCAAUCCAGAGGCAAGAGAAAUUGUUGAAAUGCUCAGAAUAGUGUUUACUCCAAGUUGUCUGCCUUUUGUUUUCAAGGUUACGUUGAUAUACCUACACAAAACCUGCUGUUUAAUUAAAAUCUAUAUAACUUCAUUGUAUUUAUUCAGUACAAAAUUUUCAUUUAAUUUGUUGAUGUUCAUUAAUUGAAUGUUGAAACCUUUCUGGCAUGACAAAUUAAUAGUCUGCAGUUUUUCUAUAAUUUCUCCCACUGCAAUAAACAGAUUUACACAAGUUGUUUGAACUCCUAGAUGAUUUUAUGCAUGAUAUGAAAGUGUGAAUGUUGGCAUCGUUUUUGUUUUGUUAUUGUGUGAUUGAGGAUAGCAAGACUUUUGAUUCAAUUGCCAAUUUUAUAUAGUUAUGGAUACAUAAAAAAGAUGAAUGAAAACAUGGAACAACAUUGUGAGCCUAUAGUACCCUUAUGCCUUAUGUUUUGUUCAUGCUUGAAGCAUGUGAAUUUAGAAGGAAAUGGGACAAAUCAUUUAUCACAUUACUUAAAAUUAAUAGGGAUCUGUAACAUGGGAAUGUUAGAUGGAACAUUCAAUUGGAAAAUAUUGUCUUCUGGAAUGAAGAAUUUUGAAGAUAUUUCUUGAUGUUCUUAAUUGCUGUAUUCUCUGACAGUCUGUAUGGGCAUGUUACCUUUGUGAUGGGAACCCCCUCCCUCACUUCCCUAAACCCAAUAUUUGUUAUAUAAAACCGCUAACACACAAUCCAACAGGUGGUUUUUCAUUGCAGAAAAGACAGAAGGGGGUUGUAAUGUAAAUAAAAUUGAUGAAGAAAUUUAA